AUGAUUUUACCAGAGUUAUCUCCCUUGGAGGUUGGAAAUGGAUGUCAAUUAUUUGUGUCAGAAAAACCUCCGUCCAGCGCUGCAGCGUUACUAGCUCCACACUUCAGCAACUCCAACAGCUCCGACCUCCUGCCAUGGCUUGCCUUCCUGAGCGACAAAGUAGACGACAUUGAACAGGGCAUUCCCAGAGCAGAGACCGAGCAGACGAUUUGGACCCAGAACACCGACCACCUAAAUCUGAACGAGAAGACAAUCAACCAAAUCAGCACGAUGUCUGACAUUGUUAAAGACGUCGCCCCCACAACCUGCUACAGCGACUAUCUGUCUGCUACGCCUGUCACCAGUAUGUCAUACACGCCCGUGACAGGACCUUUUCACACGGAUACUCAGAGAAGUAUGCAGGAUACAUUGCUAGGCAACCCUGGACAGUCCUUUACGUUCAGUGCAGCAGAUUACGCCAACUUCAGACAACAUUGGUCCCACCUUCAGUCAAGCGGACAGGUCGUGACUCAACAGCCCCAAUCGUCCGAACAUCCUCGGGAUCAAGGUUUGGCAGAACCAGAGCAACAGCCAGAGUCCCAGUGUCAACCCAGUCCUCUACCACAGACUUCCAACCAGCCACAAAUACAGCCAUUUCCCACUCAGACUCAGAUUCACCACUCCAUCCAGCCCUGGAAUACGUUCCAGGUUCAACCUCAGCCCGGUGUACACGGUCAGCCCAAACCAGAUAUCCAGUGCCAGACCAAGUCCAAUCCCGAGCCCCAAGUCCAGCCUGCACACCAGUCUGAGGUGCAUUCUGUUCAGCUGUCUCAAGCCCAGCCUGUGUCAGUAUCACACCAUAGAGCACCGCAGCCUACUCGAGUUCCCCAGCCCAGUCACCUCAUCAGUCCUCUGCUGGCUCAACAUCACCCCCAGCUGCCAUCAAGGCUCCGUAACUCCAACUAUCUGGUGCAACCAAUCAUAGCCCGUCCGUCAACACAACGUAUAGAGCCGAAAGACGACAGCCAGACACAUUAUGAAGACAAGGCCCCCGAGUCAAGCCCUCCUCCGGCCAGCGAAGACAAUACCAGCCAGACCAGCCUCCAGAUGCAGCUGAACAAUCUGAUCAAUAGCACCCUAUCUGGGAUGCCGCAGAGGACAGACCAAGACGGACACGACCCUGGCUUGACCUCGGCUGACCACAGCGCUACCAUCAUUUACGGCCAGGCUGUUCCACAGCCUCAGGUCCACCAGACAGUUCAACAAACUCACUCUACACGUCUGCUGCUACACGAUGGAGAGUCCGCGGACUCGCUUUCUGAGCCCAACACUCCUCAACCACCCAGUAGCCACUCAUCCGAGUCCGACUCCAGUGAUGACGACCGACAGUCUGUUUCCGAUAACACUCCAUCUGAUUCAAGUUCAGGAAAUACUCCUUAUAGUUCCCUUGGCAACCAAGCUCCUUCUACCAACCCAGUUAACUUCUGGGAACAACACGUCUCUUCUGCCAAGAUCGCUUCAAGUGGUUUGGCACACCCCAAGCCAGUGAGACUAUCCAACGGAUACCCGCCUAUGUUUCCACCAGGCUCCCUACCCUGGGUCAACAGUACAGCCUACAGCCAGCCCUUCCAGCAUCCAUAUAACGCAGGCCUGGGGUCCGGAUAUGCACCAGAUCCAAAGCCGCAAGUGCCACCAGUCUCGACUGAAGAACACAUCCCGUCUGAAUCAAACGAUAAGCAGACUCCACAAGAGGAGUCACCCGCCCAGACAGUGAAACCAGAACCGCAUCUCCCGAGCCAGUCUGAUGCUUUGAGUUACUUUCUGAGUGAGUUCCCGAGGUCCAUGGACAGCCAGCCGAGCCUCCAACACCAGCACAUGGUGUCCAGGCUCCACGACCAAUCAAAGACAUCAGAUGCCCUAACCGCGAGUUUGGCGUCCAGCGUUCCAGCUCAACCAACACCAGAGAAGCAGGAUGCUUCUGUCAACCCAGCCAUCUUUUCCAACAACAUUUUCAUGUCACCCAGUUUCUUUACCCAGCAGAUGUCAGGCGUCAACACGCAGUUACCCCCCUUCUCAUCAUCCCCAGAUUCAAACCCGAGUCCAACAUGUACGGGGAAAGAUGACUCUGCUAUCGACGUCAACUCCAGUAGUGUCUCGCCAUCUUCUUCCAUCGAAUCCAGAAGUAGUCCUGAGCUCACCGCAUCACACCUACCCUGUAUGGAGGACUCCAACUCCAGCCUGAGCGACACCUCCUUGAUGAGAUCCAGGUGUUCGUCUGCCAGUUCCAUCUGUGACACCUCCAUCUCCUCGACGGCGUCAUCCUCGUCGUCUACAGGCGCCACCAGGGGCAAGAGACCCAACCCCGACCCCGACAUGGGGUCCUACAAGAAGAAGUCCCGCACCAGCUACACCCCCGGUCAGCUCCGGGCGCUGGAGAGGGUGUACAUGGAAAACCCGUACCCGGAAUGUGAUACCAUAGACAGGCUGGCCAGAGAACUGGAUAUCCCUGACCAGAGGCUGAGGGUGUGGUUCCAGAACAAACGUGCCCGGAUGAGACGCCAAGCCAAACAGAACAAGCAGUCAACGCCUCUACCGCAAGUCAAUCCCUACAACGCUCAGCCAAUGUCCGCUCUUAUGUCAGCCGCUUCGCCAUACUCCUUCCUCCCACCGAACGCCAUGAUGGCCCCCGGACAGGCAGCCCAGAUGAUGCCACGCCCAUAUUUCCCCUACCCCCAAGGUGCCCCAGGAUCUAUGAUGCACCCAGGGGGGUCUCUACCCGGAGCCCCACCCCAGCACCCCUCCCUCCCCCACCAACAACCCUCGGUGCUCACACCCCAACAGAGCCAGGUACAGAGGCUGUAUUCAUUCAUAGCGCACAAGCAGCAGUAGCUCCAACGACGUCAUUGCAACAUCGUCCACGACACGUGUGACGAGACUCCCGCUAAAUGAAGACACACAAGUGCUAAACAUCGUAUAGUGACUAAACAUUGAAAUAUAUUUGGUGCAAAAGAUCAAUUCUUGUCAACAAUAUGUACAUUCGUAUGCUAACGUGUUUGUAGUUUUAGAGCAAAUAUUUGCAUGGCUUAUGUGACUAACAUUUACUUUUGUUUCUCUCUUAGCUAAUGUGUACAACUGUCACGUUAGGCUCCAAUUCUUGUUGUAUUUAUAAGCAACCAAGUGCAAUCCGAUGUAACAUGUGCAUGCGUAUUUGUACAUGUGUUUUAAUUUAUUCAAUUUUGCUACGGAUUUUUAUUCAUACAUUUCGAUCAGUAUGUAUAUUUAAGUAAUAAAAAAAUAAUCAAAUGUAUUGUUUUGUUAUUACAAACAGAGUUUACCAAAAUACCUUAUACACAUUGAUUAAAUCGCAGGGACAUAAUCGAUCCUCGAACUAUAGAUGUAUUGUAAUUGUCCGUGCUUUAGUUUCAUUUUAGGGGGCACGAGUGGCCCAGUCGUCUAAGGCGCCGCAAUUCUCUGUGCAGAGUUGCGCCCCUUGGGCACGCCAGAAACCCAUGAUUGCGGGUUCGAACCCC